AUGUCUUAUCCCGAAUCCGAGUCUAACAGUUCGAUCGUGGACGCAGAACCCGUUUUAGAAACACCCCCCACAUCGGGAGAGGCCAUUUCCGAGGCCAACGAUGCUGAAGCUGCCACUGAAGCUCCCGUUGCGCCAAAACCGCUACCAACUAAGAAGGACUUCCCAACUCUUGGCUCUGGCGCGUUUUUGGCCGCUUCCAGUAAAGUUUCGUGGGGUCCCAACAUGAAGUCUGGUGCCUCCAAUCCGUCGUCUGCUUUCACUUCUGCUCCUCAAUCGCGCUCCACCACUCCAGCAACAUUGCAGGCCAAACCGGCUCGCUCGCAAACUAUCCAGGAAGCGUUUUCGCUUGAUCUGCAAUCGCAAAUUGCAAUCGCUAAACCAGAUUUCUCCAAGAUCGUUCAGAAAGUCAAGCAAACCCAUAGCGUUUCUGUCGAGUCCACUCUGUCCAAACAAAGUCGUACUUUUUUGAUCUUUGGUAAGCCUGAAAAUGUCAAAGCUGCAAGAAGGGAAAUUGUCAAGAAAUUGACCAAGCCCGUUACCGCCACCCUACAGGUUCCAUCCAAAACAAGAUCCGUGAUCAUCGGAGCCGGUGGUAAGAACAUUCGCUCUAUUUCUGAGCCAUUGGAGGUUAGAAUCGAUAUCGGAAAAGAAGUCAACGAGGGUUCUUACGAUGAGGAUCUUGAUGACUCUUUAGUAGACGUCACAAUUCAUGGUGAUCUAGAAUCGGUCAGAAUCGCUCAAGAAAAGAUCCUUGCCAUUGUCAAAGAGGACACCAAGAGUGCCACAAUCAAAAUCAACAUUGCAGACAAAAACUUGACGCCCUUUGUUAACAUCGACUUCAUCGACAAAAAUGUCGAAUCAUCGAUCGACCAACAAGAAGGUAAAAUUAAGCUUUCCGGCUUGCGGGAUGAUGUUCAGGCUGCAAAAGCAUCCGUUUUGCAGUAUUUGUCGGAAUUAAGCUCUCAAAUCAGAACUCUCAAGGUGAACAUUCCAAAUAAGUUUCAAUUCUUGAUCAACACUGAUCUGAUCAAGGACAAAUUUAACGUUAUUGUCAACCUUCCUGAAGGAGCAGAUGAGGAAGUUGCUUUUGUAGGUGCUGCAUCGAAGCUAGACGAGGCUGUAACUUUUGCUAGAGAGAAUUCCAAGAGAUACAAGGUGGAGGCUUUGGAGAUCUCAAAGGCACACGGCAAAGACUUGCAACACGCCAAGAACAUUGCUCUUUACUUUGCAAAGUACAAUCUUUUGGAGUCUAUUAAGAACGAGCAUUCCAACGUGCGCAUUGCAUUGCCUUCCCCACAAGAGCUGGAGAAUGCGGAAGCAGUCCUGAUCAGAACCUCCUCGACUAUUGAGGAUGCUGAAGAGCUAAAGGUUGUUCGUAAAGAAAUUAUCAACCUUGUUAAUGAGCUUCCUACCUCGCAGAUCUUGACCAUAGACGACGUGGACUUUGAGCUGUUCAGUAAGGACAUCAAGCAUCUGCUCACACAGGAGGAGAAGAAGGCUGGAUUUGUUCAGUUUGGUGACUUCUAUGCCAAUGAUGAUAGAGUCAUUAUUAUCGCAAAGACCUCGGACGAAGAGUUCAGACCUUCUGACGAAGAGCUACAACAGACACUCAAAGAAGUCAGUUCUAGUCUUGAUCCAUUGCGCAGAAAACAGGAAAACCUAUCUCAAGAAAUUAUCGAUAUUUCUUACCCUAAACAGGAACAAUACUUGGGCCAAGGGACUUUUACUCGCGGGUUGAUCGAAGAAGAAAUUGCGUUACAAAGCGGACAUGCUCAGUUCAAAUUGCAUCGCCCAACAGCCGACCGUCUUACUGUCAGAGGUGAUACAAAGGCUGUAACUGCCACCGUCAAUGCGAUCGAGUCCAUUCUAAGCGACGAGGACGAGAAAUAUGAAAUUAAGUUUGGUGUCUCUACGAAUGCUGUUCCAAGACUGAUUGGAUCGAAAGGCUCCAACUUGAACGCUAUUAGAGAGAAGUACCAGUGCAACAUCGACGUGGCUGCCGACUCGAGUGACAACGUCACCGAGGUAACCGUUGUUGGUUUGAAAUACGCAGCAGAACAUGCCAAAGUCUAUCUGGUGUCAGAAUCCAAGAAGUGGGCUGAUGUUAUCACUAAAGAGCUGAAUGUCCUGCCAAAAUACCGUGGCAAGUUGAUUGGCUCGCAAGGGGCUUAUCGCACACGUCUCCAAACCAAAUACAAUGUGUUUAUACAUUUCCCCAACGAAAACGAGGCCAAGGGUGUCACUAUCAAUGGUCCUUCGCGCGGGGUCGCCAAAGCCUACGAGGAACUCAAAGCCCUGUUGGAUUUUGAAAUUGAAAACGGGCACACAUCGAUCAUCAAAGUUCCAACCGAACACGUUGCUCGCGUUAUUGGUAAGGGCGGUGACAUGAUCAAUGACAUCAGAGCUGAUUUUGGUGUGGAAUUGGACUUCCUUCAAAAGACCACCGAUCCAAAAGCUACAUCUACUGGUGAAGUGGAACUCGAAAUCACCGGUUCUAGACAGGCCAUCAAGGCUGCCACCGAAAGGGUCCAGGCUAUCGUUAAAGAAGCUUCUGACAUUGAGAGUACAUCUUUUGAAGUCAACCCUGACUAUAUUAAGGACAUUGUUGGCAGUGGUGGCCGCGUUCUAAAAGAAUUGAUUUCCAAGGCUGGUGGUGACGAAAUCAGAACCAAGUCUGUGGACAUUCCUGAUGCUAAAUCUGAAGAGAAGAAAAUUGUGAUACAGGGCCCUAAGGCAUUCGUGAAAGCGCUUGUGAAGGAAAUUCAGGCAAUUGUUGAGGAAAGAGAAAAUUCGGUUUCGAAAGAGUUGAAUGUUCCAUCCGAGAGAAUCGGUGCAUUGAUCGGCCCCGGAGGCUCUGUGCGCCGUCAACUGGAGUCCGAGUUCCACGUAAGACUAUCGCUUCCUGAUAUUGGCGACAAGGACCGCAAGGUGGAGAUUUCUGGUCUUCCUAAAAGCAUUGAAGCAUGCGAAAAGAAGAUUUAUUCCGAGAUCAUCAGAGAUAACUGGGAUACUGAGAUUGAAGUUCCUGCUUCUUACCACGAAUUUGUCUCCGAGAGAGGAGCUUUUGUUCAAAAGUUGAGAUCAGACUUUUCUGUCAACGUUAAGUUUGGCAAUGCCAACAGCAAGGCCAGCAAGUUGGCCCGCUCUGAUCUCUCUAUUCCUGUGGAACGUGUCACGGGCUCCGACGAGGAGACAUUGAAAUUUACCCAGGAACAAAGGCCUAUCGAGCUAAACGAGGCUCAAGGUUCUAUUCCAUGGAGACUAUCUUACGAACCUGUUGAUCUUUCUGAUAUCCUAACACCAGAGGAGCAGGCAAGCGAGGUUCAACCAAAGAAAGAAGAAGUUUUGGCCAAGGUUACUGACUUGAUUAAAGCCCGUAUUGAGCUUGCUCCAAAGGCUUGUGUUGUUGGCUAUUUAUGGUCUAAAAAAUCUCAACACUUCAGAAAAGUUGUGGGUUCGAUGGGUUCCAACAUCAAGAAAAUCAGAGAGGCCACCGAGACCUUGAUCAAUGUGCCUAAGAAGGGUGACAAGGUUCCAGACGUCAUUUUCAUCAGAGGUACCGAAGCUGGUGUCACUAAGGCUGCUGAUUUGAUCACCAAGAAGUUGAAGAACUGA